GGGGCCCCAGCUGGGGUGGCAGCUCCGAGCCGUGCUGGCUGCGGUCCGCGCUGCUCCGCUGCCGGCCACGUCCCCACACCGGACCGCGGGCGCUGCCCCGCCGUGCGAGGGCCGCCGGGCCGCCGCAGGCCUGCCGCGCCCGAUCUCUAUCUUUGGACAUCCGUCCAAUUACUUCCUUAGAAGAAACUCCAGCAGCAGAAGAGCGCCACAUGACAAGUUUCGAUGCGUCUGUUACCAGAGUGGAGCAUCUGCCUGUGUCCCACCUGUGCCACAGAGCAUGCCAUGGCCUGGGAGUCCUCCACGAAACUGCUGUCACCUCCUGCAAAGCCAGACCUCCCCCGGCGAGGACACGGUUCCCAGCCCGCCGCUCUCCAAGGAGGAAGAUGGCCCAGCCUGGGGGCAUGCCCUGAGCAGCUGCCUCUGAUCCGUUGGCCGAGCAGCAGGGAAUUGUGAGGCUGAGGAGCGGCUAGCUGGGAGCCUCAGGGACCGCCCAGCCUGGCUCCCGGCUCACCCGCAAGAUGUGGACGUGGACAGCCCUUGUGCUUGUUUGGAUUUCCUCCUGGUCCUUAUCUGAAAGCCAAACGACAUCUCAGGAGACACGGUCCGUAGACCUCAACAGGACGUUGGAAAAUUCAGUCGGGAACAGUACGUUUCAGGAAACAAUUUCGAGAGUCUUUAAUAAAACUUCUGAAGGAAUGACUGUGGUGACACCUUCUCCUGUCACGUUGACCAAAGGGACUUUGGUGGUUGACCCCACCUCUCCUGCAGUCACAGCAGCAACAACACAUAGGACAGGUGUGGGCACUCCGGUGACUGCAGAAGGUACCCCUGACCGGGCAGCCUCCGGGGUGCCCAGCCCGCCCAGUGCUGUGUCUGCGGGGCCCACCCCGUCCGCCCCUGCUGCUCUGAGCACCCCGCAUGCUCAGGCAUCCCUCAGCGGCACGGCGCCAGGAGCAGCCACUCUGACAACACAGGCCAUGGGCACGCAGACUGCUGCUGUGACCACGGCAGGGAUGCUCAGCCCGCAGGGCACGCACAGUCCUGAGCCCACGUCUGGCCCUUCCACAGCCAUCCCUGUGUCCUCCUUGAGUCCCCACGCCCCUAACGUGUCCACACAAGGCCCCAGCAUCCCGGCGUCGACAACCGGGCCUGUGGCUGACACAACAAGCAGGCCCACACCCACCCUCUCCAAUGCCACCGCAGAGCCCACGCCCACCUCCAUGGCUCCUCCAUCCGUGACAGCGGUGACAGCCACCACCAAGCCACAAGCCGAGGAGCCAGCUGCCAGCACAGUGCCAGCACCUGUACCUCACAGGAGCCCCACUCCUGAGGUGGAGGCCACGUCUUCCAUGACACAGCCAGGUGCUGCUCCGUCUGCCCGGGGGCCCACAGGGCCAGGCACACCCCAGACACCGGAGCAGGUCGAGCCUGAAUCCACCCCUGGUACUGCAUCUGCCGGGCCAACGCCCGGGAGCUCAGGGGACUCGAGGAUGCCGGCCACGGACUCCUGCCAGCUCAGCACCCAAGGCCAGUACUUGGUGGUCUCCACCAAGCCCCUCACCCCAUCCUCAGUGAACAAAAGUCUGCUGUUGGCCGUGCUGCUGUUUGGGGUGACCCUGUUCAUCACUGUCUUGGUUCUGUUCGCCCUGCAAGCCUACGAAAGCUACAAGAAAAAGGACUACACGCAGGUGGACUAUCUCAUCAACGGCAUGUACGCAGACUCAGAAAUGUAGGAGGGGCGGCCCGCGGGCUCUGGCGGGCCCUGGACGGCUGGCCCGUCCCUCCUCCCAUUCUGCCCCUGAGACCAAACCAAGUGCUUCCGAAUUCUUUGGUGCAAUUUAGGAGAUAGGCCAGAUGCUUAAACAUGUUUCAUUGCUGUCCUUUUAAUUCCAUGAUCACUAAAGAGUCGCUGCUUUUUUCAUAAUUAUUUUUGUAAACGAGCGCAUUGCCGGGGCAGGUGACGAUUCCGCCUCGGGGCGGGCGGCCGGUGUGGAUCCCGACCAGAAUUAAAGCAAUGACCGCUUUCCCCCUUCA